ACAGCACAAUAUGAGAUUUUCAAAAUUCUGAGAUUUAGCAUUUAUCAUGUAGGGUGAGUCCACAAUUCGACAUUUUCAAAAUUAUUUCAAGCGUGCACUGAUAGUGAUUAAGCUGAGCCGUGCAAAAUCAAAUCGAAGUUUGUCACCAGCUCCAGAAUUUCUAAUACUGCUUUGAAGAAGAGAUCCCAGAAAGAAACGAUGAGAAAGAUGAGAUGGACCAUGGACGGUGCGGGGGGAGGAGGGUUUUGGGAGCUGGACAUGUCCACUCCCGCGACCCUCGAAGGACAAGCCCGCCCUGUACCCGGGCUCGGAGACCCUGUCCCCCUCCCUCUCGGCCUUUCCCGAGGCACCCGCCUCUCCAGACCCAAGCAAGUCGAUUUCCUGCAGCGUUUCAUGGCAGCCCCUUUUGUCCCCGCCUUUUCCGCCGCCUCUGACGGACUCUCGCUCCAACGCGUCCUUACCAUCCCCUUCUCCCAAAACUGGUUUGCUACUCUGCUUGGCCAGUUCAAUUUACAGAAGUUCGUCUACUCUCUCAAACAAUCUGGCGGAGAAUCAUCAGGGCUGCGGAAAUUCGCGCAUCUUCUCCGGGAUAAAUCGUUAUACGCGCUUGGUUUAUAUUCGGAGAUCUUAUUGACCCCCGAAGCCACACUUCUUCUCGGUGGAGAUGCAUAUGGCGACAGCAACAACACAAUCCGUAAGAAAACCGUGUACCAUCACAAGUUCCCGCAUCACAGUUUGACUAUGGAGGCUACUUGGCCCAGCCUAUUUGUGGACAAGAGUGGGAGCUACUGGGAUGUGCCUUUCACAAUGGCAGUUGAUUUGGCUUCAGUUGGUUCUGACUCUAAUGGUACCAGUUAUCAUCUUUGUAUGCACCAUAAUUCGGGAAUGCCGAAGCAGUUCUUUGGAGGUGAAAACAAGUCUGCAGUUACUGCUCCUGCAGCUCUACUUCCUGGCUUCUCCCUCAAAAGCGCCUUUUUGUUUAAGAAGAAUGUUGACAUUUGGAGGAGUAAUGCUCAGAAGUUGAGAAUGGUACAGCCCUUUGACAUUUUCCUCUCAAAUCCUCACAUUUCGGCAUCUGGGAUCAUUGGUGCUGCUGUCACUGCCUCUUUUGGAGAUAUUGCUGUUAAAUCGUUAGCAGAAUGUGAUUUUGAGCAUUACAAAGGCAUCCAUUUCUCUGCUCCUGCUGUAAAAUCUGCCUUUAUUGCUGAUGCAUUCUCAUCUUUGUCAUUUACCGCUCAGCAUGGGAACUUCCAAAGGCUAUUAUUAGACCUCACUCGAUUACAGACUCGCCUGGAUUUCCCUUCUGGUUCCAAGUUUCUCUCAGGUGCUGCACACUUAACACUGGAGCUUUUGAACUCCAAACAGCCCACUAUUGAAGCAGUUCAGGCAAUUUGCCCUAAUGUGACUGUUUCUCUUCAGCAGCAGUUUUCCGUAUACCUGUCACAGAUUGCUGGCCCUUUCAGUUUUAGAGUUGAUUCAGGAGUUGCAGUCAAUUUAAAGAGCAGAGACUGGCGUAUUGGAGUGGAAAACCCAGUGUUUGCCAUCGAAUACGCAUUGCAGGUCCUUGGAUCGGCAAAGGCUGUUGCUUGGUAUUCCCCAAAGCAACAAGAAUUUAUGGUAGAGCUUCGGUUUUUCGAAACUUAAGCAAUACUCUUUGGUGGAUGUCAUAGAUUCUGUUCUCUUAUACGUCAUCUGUUGAUAGUGAUACAUCGGAGAAGGAUGGUGGCCAUCUCAUACCAUUUGACAAGUUCUCUGGUGCUAGACAAGUUCUCUUAUUUGCAUUCUUCUGCAAGAUCUGGACUAAAGUGAGUUCAUACCAAAAAAAUGAGAGAUUCCAGAUUCUAUCUUUUACUCUUUUAUUCUGAUAUUGUUCUUUAAUAGCACCUUAUUCACUUUUUUAUUAGAACAUUGUGAAUGGUUUGAAGGCCGCUCUUAAGAGCAUUUGCAAUGGUGUGCAUUUGCUUGGGCAUGGGAGGCAAAAAGUGACUUUUUCUU